ACACAAAAAAAACGUAUCACACAAAAUGUAAAAACUAGUAAGAAAAAACACUUUGUAGCAUUUAUGACUCUUUCCUUCUUUCUUCACAAACCCACCCAAACAAAGUAAUCUCUGAAACAAAAAGCAAGUGGAAGAAGAAGAAGAAGAAGAAGAAAGUUUAUUCGAGCUCUUGAUUUCGCUUCCUCCUUAAGCCAUUUUGAUUACCUCUUCUUCUUCUUUUGUCUCUUUCACUUCUCUUCUAAGAUACCUUUGCUUCUUUAUAAAUUUCUUAAAAUUCCCUCCUUCUUCAGUCAUUUGACAUCGUCACUAGUAUCAACAUCCGCCAUUAAAGCUCCCACAAGAACUCUCCAUUUUAACCACACCAUCAUCUUCUUUCUGACUUACUCUGACUACCCAUUUCUCAAUUUUGAAGCUUGUUGCGUUUUUGUUUAUAAAGUCUCUGUUUUUUUUUAAAAGCUCUAACGGCUACGAUGAGAUUUGCUACUCUGUUUUGUGUUUUGUUUCUUCUUCUUCGAUUCGGUUCAUUCGUGGAAUCGAUCAUCGUCCCUGUUGAUUUCUUGGCUCUGCAAGCCAUUCGCAAGUCGUUAGAUGAUCUACCAGGUUCAAAUUUCUUCGAUUCUUGGGAUUUCACCGCCGACCCUUGCAGCUUCGCCGGAGUUUACUGCGACGGUGAUAAAGUAACCGCUCUUAACCUCGGUGAUUCAAGAGCCGGUUCACCCGGUUUAUCUGGUCGGAUUGACCCGGCUAUCGGAAAACUCUCUGCUUUAACAGAGCUCUCUAUCGUCCCGGGUCGGAUCAUGGGUUCGUUACCUCACACCAUCUCGCAGUCGAAGAAUCUCCGGUUCCUCGCUAUCAGUCGGAAUUUUCUCUCCGGCGAGAUUCCGGCGAGUCUCGGCGAGCUUCGGGAACUCAAGACGCUCGAUCUGAGCUACAAUCAACUAACCGGGUCGAUUCCUCCCUCAGUCGGAUCCUUGCCGGGGCUAUCGAAUCUGAUUCUAUGUCACAAUCACUUGAACGGAUCACUUCCCCAGUUCCUCUCGCAAACCUUAACCCGAAUCGAUCUCAAACGCAACAACCUCACCGGCGUCAUUUCUCCGACGUCUCUUCCUCCGUCGCUACAAUACCUCUCACUCGCUUGGAACCAGCUAACCGGACCAGUAAACCGGGUUUUACUCAGACUAAACCAGCUCAAUUACCUCGAUCUCAGCUUAAACCGGUUCACCGGCGCGAUCCCCGGUCAGGUCUUCACCUUCCCGAUCACCAACCUACAAUUACAACGCAAUUUCUUCUACGGCGCGAUUCAACCGGCGAAUCAGGUAACAAUCCCAACCGUCGAUUUAAGCUACAACAGAUUCUCCGGCGAGCUCUCUCCGCUUCUCUCCAACGUACAGAAUCUAUACCUGAACAAUAACCGGUUCAGCGGUCAAGUCCCGGUUAGCUUCGUGGAUCGGUUGUUGGCAGCGAAUAUACAAACACUGUACCUCCAACACAACUUCUUUACGGGAAUACAAAUUAGCCCGGCGGCGGAUAUUCCGGUGAGCAGCUCGCUGUGUCUGCAAUACAACUGUAUGGUGCUACCGGUACAAACGCCGUGUCCGGUUAAGGCCGGUUCGCAGAAAACCAGACCAACAACACAGUGCAACGAGUGGCGAGGGUAAAGACGUAAUUUUAGGCAGUUAUGGAUUCUCGGGUCUUUUUUCUGGGUUAUUUUGUUAUAACACAACCUUUUCGAGUUUCGAUGGUAACAAAAAAAAAAAAAACGAUUUGUUUAUUCGUUGGUGACUUUGUGAAUGGCGUAAUGCUAAUGAUGAUUGUAUCUCAUUAUAUUUAUGCUUCGAAUAAAAUGAGCAACGCCUAUAUUAGCAUUGCAUGAUUAAUGA